AUGAUGGGACAGCCAUCAUCUACUGCUGAUGGUUACUACGAUUCGGAUAAUAACGGUGAGAAUGAAGACGGCAGGUGGAACGAUUGCCUGGGCCGGAGCGCUCCAGAGGUUCUCAAGGACAUUGUUACAUGGUAUCAGCGACUUCUUAUACUGCCCGGCGGCAGGUACACCCAUCUGAUGUGGAAUCCCGAAGGAACAACCCUCACUAGGCUCUCCAAUAUCAUCAGCCAUCUAUCUGAGAGCGCGCUGCAGGGCAAGGCAGAUGCUAUUGACCAGGCCGAUAAUAUUAAAGAUGAAUGGUUGGCGCGAUUCGACCUUCACCAAGCUCAGCUCGGCAAAAUAACUCCGAAGAGUCGCUAG